UAAAUGUUUUGUUCCAUAAUGAUAAAAUGUGCUCUAUUGGUAAAAGAACAAUAAAGAUAUUAAACUUUAAUGAAGACGUUAUUUGCAAUUGAAUACAAAGCAGAUUGCUUGUCCUUUGUAUGCAGUGAUUAAUCUAUUGAUUUUGAAAUCCACACUAUUCAUUAAUAAAUAAACCUUUGGAUAAUUUAAAUUCAGGCAUCAUAAUACUUAGCUGUGACGACUGAAGCGACUUGUGUUAAGUUUGGGGGUUUGGUUAUAUUAUUGUUAUAUUAGAAAAGAUCGGAGUACAGUUUUGGCUUUCAUGACAAUCGGUGAUAAAAGCUGCUUCAAAGUUGAUGGAAAUAACGUUGUUACAUUUUACCGAGUAAUGGAUUGAAAUACAAAGGCAAUUGCAAGCUAGAGUGAUCCCGAAGAUACAACAAACAUAUACAGUCGACGAGGCUGGCGAUAACUGUUCACGACCGUCAUACAGCAUACGAUGACAGCUGUAGUCAUCAUAAAUACACGAUCCUGAAAAGGAGAUAUAUAGGAAAACCAAGAUAAUCGUUCAAAAUAUGAACACAGCUGUAAUGUUCGAUUUUUAAGGUUACAAUAAUUGCGAUAACAACACUGUAUGACGCCCGUCGGCACAAACUGUCGAAGCAGUUUUGUAUUUUCAAGAAGUCACUUUAAACUAGUUGUUAUAAUUAUGUUAAGAUCAAUUUGGAUACAAAAGGAACUAAAAUACCGAAAAAUACCCAACACCAAUAAUGACAGAUAAAUCAAUUCUGAAAUAAUAAUCAAUAUUAUCAGAUUUUACACCAUGGCAGAAGCAAGCCGUUCGGCGGAAGAAAAAGAUUUUUUUUCUCGAGUAAAUCUGGCACUGACCGACUGUGGUAGGAGAGUUUUAUUACAACUUUUAUUACGAAAAGUUGAGGAGCUCACACCAAUAGACCAUCCGGUUAAACCUUGGUCACUAGAUGACUUUUUGAAUCAUAACAAGGAAGAUAUUUCGUUAUAUAUUGGCAAAAACAACAACAAGAGGAAACUCAUUCUUUAUCCAGGAUUAGGAAAAAAAACAGAUUUGACCAAGUGGGAUAUUCCCCUUUUUGUUUUUGUGCUUCUAAAUGCAUGCAAACUAGACCACAACGACGCUCUCGACCGUCCACUUCAACAUGACAUCGGUAACCUCAGCAACUUGAGAAAUAAAAUGCUACACAAGGGAGCUCCAGUAUUAAAAGAGCCAACUUACCGCAAAUAUUUCGACCGCAUUGUCGGUGCUGUGCAACGAAUAUGUGACUACAUGCAAGAGCCAGCUUUGAAAGAAUCAUUUCGCAAAGAACUCAGCCAAUACGGAAGCCUAAGACAUGUAUUUCAAAACGAUCUUAUUUCAGAGUUUGGUUGCAAAUCCGUUGACAUGAUUAAUGAGGCUGACUCAGCGGUAGAAAACGGUUUGCAGCAAAUGCAGAUGAUCAUUCAAAAAAAGGGGUUGUCAGUAAAUAUACCAGUUCUAGAUGUCAUUGUCAUGUUUCGCAACUACAGUAGAGAAAACGAACAAGCCAUUACAGAACGACUUCAUAGAACAUUUUCCGAGGCAUUAGAGCAGAGUAAAGAAUUUUCAGCUGAUAUGAGAGCUGAUCGGACAGCAAGCGAGGUGGAUGAUGUAGUAAAGUCGCUUGUUCGCAAAUUAUUUGACGAGAAAAAAGAGAUAACGAAAGUCGGUACAGGUUGCCUCGUUCUAUCAAUACAGUGUCACGAUAUUGAUGCAGUUAUAUCUCUAGUACAGGACAGCCUUUCGGGAAAGCUUGGGAGUUUAUUUGAACCUCUUGAGGAAGUAAUGCAGACUUAUGAAGAUCAUGUUCUCUUUGAAGUAUGUGUUGGCAUAACAAGGAAAAGCUGUUGGGCUCUCCUUAACGAUAUGUUCUGCCAAGUGUCCGACAAAUGUGGGCAUCGCAGUUACACUGUGGAAAGCACAGUUCAAGGUGGUAGCAUUGUCGUUAGAACUCAAUGUUUUCUACAAAGUUUCACAGCAAAAGAACUCUUAGAGAAGUCAUUUUCCACGAAGGAAAAAGAUGAAGUAUGCAAACAACUUAUGGAAGAAUUGACAUUUGAUCUUAAACAACCUGGCAUGGAUAUGAUUAUUAUGUCACCGAAAAACUCUAUUGCAGAAGGGGGAGUGGGAGAUAGUGCGACGGGAUCCGCGUCUGAACAAAAGACGUUUGACUUCAUAACAAGAUUUCUGGAGAAAGAUUCAAGACCUAAAUCACCACACUAUAAACCGAAAACACGGGUUCAUUCGGGGGAAGAGACAAUUGAAGUCAGCAAGAUGGAGCAAAUGCAAAUGGCGAUGUUACGUGCAAAGCACAAAGAAAUGGAAUCCCAAGCUGGUAUUGUCCAGAGCCAACAAAAACAAUUUCAAGAAGCAAACCAGAACCUUCAGGCAGCAUCGGAUCCAGCAAAGUUAGAUUUACAAAGCUAUAAAUCAAGUUUGAAAAUCGUUAAGGCAAACUUGAAAACGAUUGAAGGAGAAGUGAAUACCCUGGCGAUGCAUGUGCAGAAAGAGAUUGGUUCUUCUGAUAAAAAAAUCCAAGCUAGCAAUAACACAAUGGAAAGAAAUAAAGCAAAUUAUGACAAUUGUUUGGAAAUGAUUGCCCUUUUUGAAAAACAAAUUAAAGAGAACGAUGCAGAUAAACAAUCGGCAUCAUCACGUGCACUGAGAAUCCGGGAUGCAAGCAGACGCUCCCAAACAAACGCAGUUGCCCUGGGUACAACAUCAUUUGCAGGUUUCUUAGCUGGAGUUGCACUGGCACCAUUUACGUUAGGUGGGAGCGUGGUAGUUACUGGCGUAGCUAGUGUAGGCUUUGGUUCUGCAGUAGCAAAUACCGCUAACGCAAGCAUGUAUACAGAAGCUGCUGAGUCAUGCGAAUCAAGAGCAGAAAGUUUGCGCAGCCAGAUAGAAAAACAAAGAGAGAAAUGUAGGACUGAGGAAAGAGAGAUGAACCGACUUAAAUCGGAGACAGAUUCCUUAAAGAAACAGGUCGAGGAUUUGGUUGCUGUUCGAGAUGCUGCCUAUGCCAUGAUUAAGGCGAUUAACAAAGCUUCGAAUAGACUUCAGGAAGUUGGCAACAGGUCACACGAUGCUUCUCAAGAAACUGAUGCCUUUGAAUUAGUGCAAAAAAUACUGGAAGACCAACCAUCCUAUGAGCGAGCAAAUGAACAUUUUCUAUGUUUGAAGGAAAAAUGGGAAGAGGUCAACAACCUGUUCGAUCCACAUUUGUUAAUAUAACUAACAAAAAUGCGAUUUAUUCGAUUUGAGUAGUUAUUAUGUGAUAUAUGUUCGUACCAAAAAAAUAGAAUAAAGCGGUGUUUCCUUCUUCCAAAAACAAUUUCAGAGAAUAGAUGACAGUUGAAAUGUAUUCAAAAGUAGUUGUUACGUGUAAACGAGUUUUUGAAAGAGUUAAUAUGCAUCUUAUGAUUUGUUGGAUAGUUGACUGAAUGAAUAAUUAAAUUGCCGGAUGGUCUAUUUUUUUGAUAGAUGGAUGGGUGGCUGUAUGGAUCGUUUGUUGGUUGAAUGGAUAUAUGGUUGAAAGGCGGGAUAGUUGGCUGGAUAAACUAUUUCUUGUUUGGAUGGUUGAUUGGUUGGUUGGUUGGAUGGAUGGGUAGCUGCAUGGAUCGUUUGUUGGUUGAAUGGAUAUAUGGUUGAAAGGCGGGAUAGUUGGCUGAAUAAACUAUUUCUUGCUUGGAUGGUUGAUUGGUUGGUUGGUUGGUUGGAUAGAUGGGUUGCUGGAUGGAUCGUUUGUUGGUUGAAUGGAUAUAUGGUUGAAAGGCGGGAUAGUUGGCUGAAUAAACUAUUUCUUGCUUGGAUGGUUGAUUGGUUGGUUGGUUGGAUGGAUGGGUGGCUGGAUGGAUCGUUUGUUGGUUGAAUGGAUAUAUGGUUGAAAGGCGGGAUAGUUGGCUGAAUAAACUAUUUCUUGCUUGCAUGGUUGAUUGGUUGGCUGGUUAGAUGGAUGGGUGGCUGGAUGGAUCGUUUGUUGGUUGAAUGGAUAUAUGGUUGAAAGGCGGGAUAGUUGGCUGGAUAAACUAUUUCUUGCUUGCAUGGUUGAUUGGUUGGUUGGUUGGAUGGAUGGGCGAAUGAUAUGUAAGAUAGUUGAUUGGUUUGAUGGUUAGCUAGAUGGAUGAUAUGUUGGUCGAAUAAUAGCGAUCAAUCGUUUCAAUAAAAAAGUUAAUGGCUAGAUGUUCAAUUGAUUGAUAUUUUUCCUUAACUCAAUAUCUUCUUUAUGCCUUUUUUUUAUGUAUUUUCUAUCUCAUGUCUGUUUCAUAAUGGUAUAUCUAUUUCUUAUGAUUGAUUUAUUCUUUAAUACAACCCUAUCAUUUCUUUCAUAAAUUGUCGAUUUAUUCCGUGAGCGUCUUUAUUCAUAUGUUGUAUUUGCGUGACAAAUUUUUAUUCUCGUUAAGUUGGGCACCAACCAACUGAUUUACACACAAAGCAAUGAAUUACGAUAUAUUUUAAUAAUAUGCUUUUAGAGGGUUCGCCUUCAUGCGUCAUUUGUUUGAUAGUUUUGACAUUGAUUUUUGUAUUUGACUAUAUUAAGGCUAAUUGGUAUGUCGCUGUAAUUAACAUUGCUUUAUAAUUGUUUAUUGGAUCGUUUUUAUAUUAUGCCUAUUGAACAUUCAAUUAAAUUAUUUAGAAUCCAAGAUCAAAUGACAUCUAUGUUUUUCAGUUCAAAGCCGCACGUUUUUAACUACAAUAUUUUGAAAAACAAAAAUGAGAAAAAAACCUGUUCAUAAUAAUACUUAGCAGAUAGCAGCAAUACCGCUUUACUUUCAGAAAACGUAUUAUUUUCAUUACAUUUUUUUAUUUCUUGUAUUCUGAAUAAUAAAAUCAACAUUGAACUUAAACACUUUCCUGAAUAUUUAUAAUGUAAAAUAAACUUGUGUUUCGUGAAAAAGUUGUUAUUCGGCAAAUAAUUGUAUGUACGAAUAAACUAGCAUAAUGUGAUGCUAGCUUAAUGAUCGUACCUUUGAUUUAUUGCCUGCUGGUGAAUAAAGUUACACAUGUUA